AUGUCCGCUAGCCCUGUGGUGGUGCAGAACAAACUCGAUAAGAUCAAUAAGAUUCAAAAUCCAUUGAAUCCUCCCAUAGGCCGGAAGUUUGACAAAGAUAUCACUGUUGGCCUUAUUAGCAGUGAAUUGCUGAACCUUGUGGAGUAUAAUGUUCACAUGGCAAAGCUUCUUGAUGUGGGAAGGAAUAAAGCGGCUAGUGAAUUUUCCAUAUCCCUCAUACAAUCCUCUGUGAUUAACGAUUCUAGGGCCAUAUUGGAACUUCAUAAUCUUGUUGAUGCACUGGCAAAGCUUGCAGCAAGACCUGGUUCUCCCGAGUCAUUACAGCAGCUGGUUGAGAUUGCCAGGAACCCUACUGCUAGUGCCGCUGCUUUGUCUGGCAUAACUAUUGGCAAGGAGGAUACAAAUGCUCAAUCUAGAAACGAGAAGGCAACUGGGCUGUCUCUAGCAGGCCGGGAAGACUACAAUGUUGCAGAUUUGUUUGAACCAGAUCCUGCUGGUUUUGAGCAGGCUUCCAUGCUGUUUGCUGAUUGUAUCGCCGUGAUUAGUUCCAGCCCUCACCAAUUACAGCCACUAUCUUUCCUUGCUAUUGAUAUUUAUGCGAAACUUGUCUUCUCCAUUGUGAAGUUCUGUCAUGCAGACCAAGGACCAAGUAAACUGUCUCUUCUGCACAAGGUUUUAGUCCCAAUUGAAAAGUUCUUUAAUUUGCUGGCCAUAUUUCAGAUUAUUCAUCACCCGCUGUUGGACUUGAUUUCCCUGGAUCAUUUGUUUGAUGGUGCAAGUUUUCAGGUUCUGAUAUCUUUAGCCAAUGCAUUUCAUGUCUUACACAGCCCCUUAUCCUGGAUUCAGUUUGCGGCAAUGCCGGAGCUGCUGCUUUUCUUUCAUGAAUUGAAAGAUGAUUCUGCAUGGCUACCUGUGCAAAAUUUGCUAUUACACAUACUUCUUCAAGUCAGUGACCUGUUGGGUUUGAUACUGUAUCCGAUAUUGGUUUUCAGAUCAGCACACUGGUUUUUCUUCAGUUUUGCAUGGCUUGAGCUGGUGAGUCACAGAAGUUUCAUGCCAAAAUUGCUCACAGUAAACCAUCAAAAGGGGUGGUGCUGGUUUCAAUGUCUGCUGGUAGACUUGUUCCAGUUCAGGGAACCGUUUUUGAGGAAUGCUGAGCUAGGGGAGUCGGUUCAUUUUCUGUAUAAAGGCACACUGGGUGUUGUUAGAGGCGGGGUGAGUGAAUGGAAUCAAGAAUUGAAUGAGGUGACCAAGGCGAAGAAGAGGGCAGCCACAAAGGGAAGUCCAUGGUUGCGACAUUUAAGCAGUGCCCUCGCCGAGCCACCACCGCCUCAACCAAGCCCACCACCAUUUCACAUGAAGCAGACCGCCAAUGCCGUCCAGCUCCACAAUAGUCAGACAACUCUCUCUCUCUCUCUCUCUCUCUCUCACUAUGGCAUCGGAUUGAAGAGAGCAAGAACAACUAAGAACGGAAGUCAUGAUAUUGAGGCCAAUAUUAUUCCAGAGGUGGUGAAUGAAUGGAAUCAAGAAUUGGAUGAGGUGACCGAAGCAAAGAAGAGAACACCCACAGGGGAAGUUCAUGGUUGCGACGUUUAA